CUUAAGACUGCGAUGGCGACAAUAUUCUUCGUCUUAAAUAAAUCAAAAUGGCGAAGCAUCAUCCUGAUUUGAUUUUCUGUCGGAAACAACCUGGCGUUGCCAUUGGUAGACUUUGUGAAAAAUGUGAUGGGAAGUGUGUUAUCUGUGACUCAUAUGUCAGACCAUCUACACUGGUUCGUAUAUGUGACGAGUGCAACUAUGGGUCAUACCAGGGCCGGUGUGUGAUAUGUGGCGGCCCAGGAGUGUCCGAUGCCUACUACUGCAAGGAGUGCACCAUCAUGGAGAAGGAUAGAGAUGGAUGUCCCAAGAUAGUCAACCUCGGCAGUGCCAAGACAGAUCUGUUCUAUGAGAGAAAGAAAUAUGGUUUCAAAAAGAGAUGAUAAUGGUGGCAGAUUUUAAUGACUUCUAGCAGCUAUAUCCAUUAUUCUCAUACAGGUUCUUACAUUUUUGACUUUGAAAGUGUCAUUGUUUUGUAUCAUUUUAAGAUUGUAUGUAAUAAAUAUGUUUCACAUCGUUUAAGUUAGUGUAUGUAAUAAAUAUGUUUCAUAUGGGUUAAGUUGAUGUAUGUAAUAAAUAUGUUUCACAUGGGUUAAGUUGAUGCAACUAAAUAAAAUAAAAAACAUGAUGAUGGAAGUUGUAUUUUCCUUUUCAUCAUUCAUGUUUUAUUUUUUGUCCCUUUUUAUAUGGAAUAUGAAUUGCUGAAAUUAAAAAUGCAUAAACUAUACAAUACUUUGUCAGUGUCACUUGAUUGCUGUAUUACAUGGCUAAACGAAACAUAUGAUAUAUUGAAUCUAGCCUUUGGCAUUAUGUUGUCAUUGUUAAGCUGUAAUAUACAUGCAUAAUUUGUUCAUCUGCAUACACAUGCAUUUUUUAUUGGAUUAAACUGAUACAAAUAUGUGUCUCUGUCGAAGGCCUGAUAAAGAUUAAAAGAUUAAUCUUGAA